UUCCCCUUCACUGUGGCCGCUCUUGCUCUGUUCGCCAUCGCACAGCCAAACACCUAUCGAACGCGGCUCUGGACAGAUGGAUACAACAAUGGCUUCAACAGUUCACCGACCGAAAUCCUUAUUACCGACUACAAUGUCGUGAUCUCCGUGCUCUCGAUGUUCAUAAUGCUUGUCAAGCCUGUCCUGUUCUUCAUGCGUGCUCUCAUCCCGAUACUCUCUGCCUUGAUCCACAUCUUGCUGGUUGUCCUGUAUGCCUACAGUGCAUAUGGCCAGUCAGCAUCCGACAUGACCGACAAGCAUCAUCCACAGAAAGGCGCGCCCUGGUACAUCACCAAGAGUUGCAACGUCGCAUCGGACACGAAGAACAUUGGAUACUGUAGGCAAGCAAAAGCCAGCUUUGCUGUGACACUAAUACUGUUCGCCGUAACGCUAGCUGUCUCACUUUACUCCUGCGUGCCUACCAAAGCAGAGAAGCUGGCCCGAGCAGCUGACGUCGAAGAGACCGAAAUACCGGAAUACUCGCCAGAGACAGCCCGACUUGACGAGCAAGAGUGGGAGAAACUACGGUCACAGGCUGAAUGGCAGCACUCACUGCCGUCGGCAACGUCGAAUAUGCUGAACCCUAUGACACCGAGGACAGUGGCUUUCCAGACACUCGAAGGAAGCAGUCCCUCAGCUCUUCCGAAUACGUUACCAUUCAGAGAGCGGUAUGGAGGACCCGAUGGAAGA